AUGUGUUGAUCUUCUGCUUUCUGACAGAUUCCCCCUCCCUUUCGUUGCUCUGGAAAGCUCGAGCAGAUGGUAUGUGUUGGAGGAAAGCUAGCAGUUGCAUAACACAGCUCCAGCCUCUGUAAUCUGGAAACGGACUCAGAAUUCGGGAAACUCUGCCAGCGAGGAGUCUGGGGACCAGAGGAUAAGAAGCACACUCAAAAUAUUCUGAACAAGCUGUCCGAACAGAGGAAGAAGCAAUGUUUUCUUCACUUUGAAUAUUCAUAUCCAGGCGGAACUGCAGUUCAACAUGAACCUGGCUUGUACUUUCUUCCUCGUUAUUGAACUUCUCCCAGCGUGUACUGGUGGAUUUGUGAGCAGACACACGUACCCUAGCCUACCUGUGCAUGAACAGGGUGAAAGAGAAUCCUUCUCAGACCCCAAUUCCUACGCCUUGCCUGGAGUAGGACGGAACCAGCCGGUGGGUGAAGGGGCCCAGACCGCCGCUGGCCGCUGUGUUCAGUGUUGUGACCCCUCUGACCGACCCACACGCCGCAGGUAUCGUUACCAUUACUACGGCGAUGACCCACCACAAUUCCGAGCAAUUCCUCAGAUCAACCUCACUAUCCUCAAAGGUGAGAAGGGUGAAAAAGGGCCUCAAGGUUCUUACGGCGACCAUGGCAAGGUUGGCACUUCUGGGCUACCGGGACCAGCGGGGCUAAAAGGUGCCAAGGGAAGUCCAGGGAAGUUUGGGGAUCCCUGCAAGUUGUACUAUGCUGCCUUCUCAGUGGGCCGGAAGAAGGAGCUGCACAGUAAUGACUACUAUCAGGUGCUGGUGUUUGACACCGUGUAUGUCAACCUGUACGACCAGUUUAAUAUGUUCUCCGGCAAGUUCUACUGCACCAUCCCAGGCGUUUAUCACUUCAGCCUGAACGUACACACUUGGAAUCAGAAGGAAACCUACAUGCACAUCAUGAAGAAUGAGGAGGAGGUAGUUGUCCUGUAUACCCAGCCCAGUGAUCGCAGUAUCAUGCAGAGUCAGAGCAUCAUGCUGGACCUGCAGCAGAAUGAUGAGGUCUGGGUUCGCUUGUUCAAAGGUGAACGAGAGAAUGCCAUAUUCAGCGAUGGCCUUGAUACCUACAUCACCUUCAACGGCUUCCUGAUAAAACCAAAUAGUGAGAAAUAACCAGUGCUUUUAUUGUGACAGUCGGCUCCCGGUACCUCGAUAAAAUAAAAGCUAGAUCGGUGUCUAGCAGCCAUAAGCGUUGCAUCAAAUGUUAUAUGAGUGUCGGCACACAUCUGUAGACAAAACAGUGCUGGUGAUAUAGAAACAUAGAAACAUAGAAAAAUUGGUGCAGGAGUAGGUUAUUCGGCCCUUCGAGCCUGCACCGCCAUUCAAUAUGAUCAUGGCUGAUUAUCCAACUCAGUAUCCUGUACCUGCCUUCUCUCCAUACCCCCUGAUCCCUUUAGCCACAAGGGCCACAUCUAAUAGGCCUUUUUCACGGGGUGACUUGACGCAAGAUGUAGCCAGAGUGAAGUGGUCGUGGUCUAGCACGAUAUCACACAAUAUAACGGGGGGGUAGACAAAGAGUUCCCACGGUACUCGGAAAUUCUGUUAUUUGUGCGAGUGACUUGUCCGUCUCCCGAGCUUUCCCGUUAAAUCUUGAAUGACAUUGUAAACUGUCAAGUGUAAUUAAAUCAUCACGUGGCACAAAUGAUGUCACUUUUUUUUUUCACACACUAUAAAUAUCCUCCCUUGGUUGAAAUGGUAUAUACACACACAAAGCAGAGUUUUACUGUGUAUGUGGGAGACACAGAUGGUCUGAGCACAGUUACUCGGUCUUUACUGUGUGUGGGAGAGGGGGAGAAAUAGACGUACACUCACAGAGGCAGAGCCUCUCAGCCUGUGUGAGAGGAAGGGAGGGAGAGAGAGAGGCACACACAAGGUGGAUGUGAAAUCUCACCUGCCUGUUU